CGAGGAGGAUGGUUGAAUGUAAACAUGGGCUGUUCCCUGUCCUUUAAGAAGAGAAGUGGCCAGCUGUCUCGCAGAAGUCCACUGGAGAUACGUUCGCUUGCACAACGAGAGUCAUCCAUACUGACGCCAUGGGAAGGCAGAAGUACUACCUGGACAAGCUGUCGCGCUCGUUCCACAUCCGCAACCUAUUGGUCCGCCAAGCCCUGGCUGAGUGCUUGGGAACUCUCAUUUUAGUGAUGUUUGGCUGUGGAUCGCUGGCCCAAGUGGUACUCAGCGGUGGAUCUCAUGGUUUGUUCAUCACUGUCAACUUUGCUUUUGGGUUUGGUGCAACGCUGGGGAUCCUGGUGUGCGGACAAGUGUCAGGAGGCCAUCUGAACCCUGCUGUGACCUUGGCCCUGUGCAUACUGGGAAGAGAGAAGUGGAGGAAGUUUCCAGUGUAUUUCGCCUUUCAAACUCUGGGAGCCUUCCUGGGUGCUGGAAUCAUUUUUGGCCUCUACUUCGAUGCCAUCUGGGACUUUGGCAAAGGGAACCUUAUUGUUAUGGGGGAAAAUUCCACGGCAGGAAUCUUUGCUACAUACCCUUCACCUCACCUCACACCCAUCAAUGGAUUUUUUGACCAGAUGAUUGGUACGGCUGCUCUCAUCGUUUGCAUCUUGGCCAUCGUGGACCCCUACAACAACCCCAUCCCCCAAGGACUGGAGGCAUUCACAGUUGGCUUUGUGGUGCUGGUCAUUGGCCUUUCAAUGGGCUUCAACUCGGGAUACGCUGUUAACCCUGCCAGAGACCUGGGCCCUCGUCUUUUCACUGCUAUUGCAGGCUAUGGUGGUGAAGUCUUCUCGGCUGGUUCCUACUGGUUCUUCGUGCCAAUUUUUGGUCCUUUCAUCGGAGCAUUUUUUGGGGUAGUGGUAUACCAGCUCAUGGUGGGAUUCCAUGUUGAACAAGAGAGCCGGCAGAAGCAACAGGCAGAAGAAGAGCGCCUUAAACUGUCCAAUGUUGCAUCUAACACUUAACACACUCCCUCCAUCCAUCCAUCCAUCCAUCCAUCCAUCUAUCUAUCCAUCUCUCGUCCAGCCCGUCCCACCACCCUUUUGCUCUGUAAUCAAUGCUCUAACUUGCAUGGCUACCAGACCCAGCAGGAGUUUCUGUUCUCCAGCCACUGUCCAUGUUCUGGCCUGAACCAGUCUGAUAGCGAGAGCCCACCCUGCUGUGCCCCAGAGAAUAGCACUAUGAUACAGGAGCAUGCUAGCGUUGGCCACAAUGCCCGGGCCACUUUAUUACACCCGUGCCCUUUCCUGUAACACCAUCUCGCUGCCCUUUUCCGUCUUAUUGUCUUUAACUGACCCAAGUUUCAACUGUUUCUUUGUCUGGACAUUUCCUCCAUCAGGGAAAAUGGUGUUUUGCCUGCAUCCACACAGAAUUAUAUUAAUUCACAAACAAGCAAAUCCUAUUACAUAGUUUGCUUAGAAAUUUUGUGUAUAGUAUUGUGUUUUUCUAACCAGUGUAGUUUUUUUUUUCGUAUUUGCAAAUAUUUAUGCUAACUCUAGAAUAUUUCUUAAGAUAAUGUGGGCAAACAUUACAUAUGGCUUU